AUGAUCCGCGCCUUUUCUUUCCCGGCCAGCCCGGAGCGGAGCCGGCUGCGCGCCUGGCUGGAGGGCACCCUGGCCGGCUUGUGCGAGCUGCACUUGCUGCGGGAGCGCCAGGAGCGGCGAGUCCAGCAGGCGCUUCGCAUCGCCGCCCAGCCUGGCAGCAGCGAGCCCGCAGGAGCCGCGGAGUCGUCUCCGGAGGAGCAGCAGCUGAGCCCUUUCUUCCAGAGCCCCCUGUACGAGGACGCCGCCUUCUCCUCGGCCGCUUCCCGGGCCUUGUCCUACCCGGAGGACCCCGACGGCAACUUGGAGGCCUACGGGAACGACUUCCAGCUCUACACGGAGGCGGCUUCGCAGGGCCAGCGGGUGGAGAGCUACAUCUCGCGCCUCCUCCGCCGCCGCAGCCAGCUGGUCAGAGGCAGUAAGCCCCGGACGAGCCUCGGCUCGGAACCGCUGGCCAAGGGUGGCGUCGUGCGCCAGAGCAGCCUCUGCAAGCGGCCCUCCGAUCUGCUCUCUGUACAGGCUGAACGUAGGCACCCGCCGGCCAUGGAGAGGGGCAGCAGCACCCCUUCGCCCUGCGGACACGAGGGGGGCACUCCUGUCACCACCGCCCGUGUCUGGUCUUCGUGGGAUGCUGCAGCCGAGAGGACUUUGGUCGCCAAGAGAAUGGCGGAGGACUUUCACCCACCACCAUCCAGUCUCCGGAAGCCCCCUAAGCUGCAGGCCUUGGCCCAAGGGAGGGCUCCCUCCCUAGACCACUACGACACUGUCUACCCCUCGUCCCCUCUCUUGGACCGGGAAGAUGGGUCCUCGCGGGGAAGUGGCCAGGAGCCGGUCUCUUACGAGUCGGAGGAAGGAGGCUGCCUGAUGGUCAAAGCCCAGUACAUCCCUGCCCAGCAGCCCCCCUGGGCCCAGCAGGCUCACCGGGCGGGCAGGAAGAAGCCCCCACCCCUGACCAAAGGCCGCUCGAUGGAACUGUCACCCGAGCGGGUCCCUCUGCUGGUGAGGGAUCGGCCGCGGGUGGUGGCCCCCGCCAAGAAGUGCCGCUUUACAGACGAGGGGAGCGAGGGGGCUGGGAGAAAGGGCAGCGGGAGGAAAAGUUCCCCCAAAUCCAAGAAGGCCGCCAGGUCCCAGUCGGAGAACAGCCUCCUGAACAGGUCCAGGCUGAAAUACGGGACCGUGGACCGGGAGGAAUCAGCGCAUAAACAGUCCCGGCAACGUCGGUUGCAGGGAAACGUGGGCAGCGGCUACCGCAAGUGGAGCUCGACAGCCGAGAUCUCGCAAGAGGAGCUGUCUCCCGGGAGCACCAUGGAGCCGCCACGGGGUCAAGAGGGGCCAGGCCCUACAGGGUACACCUAUACGGGCAGCGACUCGGAGUGUUCGGGCGAGCCAGCCAGGAGGGCCCCCGUGUGCCGCCUGGAGGAGGGCCUGGUCGGUGGAGACAGCGAUUCCAGCCUGAGUGACGGGGACUCGCCACCGCCGUACAGCAGCGGCGCGUCCAGCGAUACGGACGAGAGCGGGGGCCUUGUGUGGCCGCAGCAGCUCUCCCCGCAGCUGGUGUCGGCAUCCGGCCCAGGAAAGGCAACCAGCGGGCAGCCCAAAGUCUUCGUCAAGAUCAAGGCCUCUCACGCACUCAAGAAGAAAAUCAUGCGCUUCCGAUCCGGCUCGCUCAAAGUCAUGACGACGGUGUAAGGGAGCCCAGUCAGUUCCCGCCAC